GAUUGCUCCAGCCUUCCAGGAUCCAUUUUGAGGCCUCUUAACUAAGCAUGGGGGGAAGGGUAGCAGAGGCCUCUCUCUCUCACACACAAGCACAUGCUUGAGAAAGCAAAGUAAGCACAGGAAAACAGACAGCACUGAGCAAGAAACCAGCUUAAAUCAUAAACCAGAGAGAAAGAAACAUAGUCUGUUUAAAAUGGCUUCUGAAGACUUUUAUAGUUACACUCUGCCAGGAUAUAAUGAAAAGCACAGGAGAGCUCGUAACUGGACAGAUUCGGAGAUGAAAGCUCUUGUGUAUAUUUGGGAAGAAUAUGUGACAGAGCUAAAGAAGGCUAAGCGCAAUGCUAAAAUCUACGAGACAAUGGCUAAGCAACUUUACGAUUUAAGUGGGGAGCAUCGGCACAGAGAGGAGAUCAAGAUGAAAAUUACCAACAUGACUUUCCAAUUCAGGCAACUGAAGUACACAGCCAGUGGUGGGAAUGGUGUACCUGACUGGCCUUACUACAAAUCUAUUGAGAGGAUCUUGUCAAAGAUACCAGAGCAAAGCCAAAUGAGUCCACAGAAUCUUCCAACAUCUGGACCUUCCACCUCCCAACUCGAAUCUUCUGCGCCCCAGUCAGCUCCACCAAGUGGGUUUCUACCCGAGUACACUGGUUCGUCAGAAGACAGAGACAUCAACGAUGAGGACGAAGAUCUAACAGAAAUCUCUGAAAGUUCUUUUGAGAAAAGGUCGCAGCCACGCAAGAGGCGGAGACUGUCACAUGUGUCACUGCGACAAAAGAAGCUGCGUGUCCUGGACGCAAUGUUGCAGGAACAACGCAGGUUAAGCCGUGCCGUAGAAGAGGCAUGUCACGAAGUUCGCCGUGUUAUGCAUCAGCAAAACUUCCUGCAGGUGCAGAGCCUCCAGCUUCAGGAUCGAAUGAUGAACCUCCUAGAGAAGAUGAUCCCGGCUGUUCCUCAGCCUGCCCAUUCUUGGCCCAAUCCUCCAGCCUCAAAGGGUUUAGGAACACCUACAGCUGAGUGAUGGUACUAAAGAUAACGAUAAGGACUUGUGUUCACAGAAGAAGUGUUGCUAUGCUAUCCAAGUGUUAAAACGGUCAAGUUAUGACCAACUAGUUAUCCAAUAGCUGUACAUUUUUAGAUCUGUUUGAGCCCUGUUAGUCUUAUAUCAAUAAAAAUGUUAUGAAAAUGUUGACAGGUGUAAACUACACAAACAAAUAUCUAGCAUGUUAUUUUGUUUGUGCCCCAGAAGUUACACAGUGGUGAUCUUUCUAUUAAGGCCCUGGCAUACUCACGCUUCGUUCUUCACUCAGAGCCAAAAAAAAAUAAUUUCGAAACAGCUGGGCAACAGUAUACUGUUUGCUAACCUUCAGACACUGGCCAUGCCACUGUGGUAGGUGUUCAGAGGAUCAUUUAAAUAUGAAGAUGCACAACAUUUACAUGUAAAACCUUAUGUAAUGUGACAUUAAAAUGUGUUAUCAAUGAAUUUAUGCCUCAUUCUAUAAGUAGAAUUCACACAAGAUCUGCAAAAGAUAUUGUUUUAACCACUCGAAUCGAUGAUGACUUAAAGUAAUAUAUAUUCAGUAGAUAAUGUUUAAUUUGUCAUGUUUACAUUCUACAUUCAUGGCGAUAAUAUGCUUGCACUUUAGACGCGGCCAUAGUAUGAAGUGAAGGGCAGUAGCUGCGCUACAGAUAGUGAAGCUUUUAGCUUAACUACAUUUCUGUGUAGCGAAGUGGUAGCUUUGCUAGUUUUAAAAUCAAGUAGUUUUUCAGUAACAAAGCUAUAUUUUUGAUUAGGUAGUGACGUAGUGUUGAUAAAAGCUACACCACUACAUACUGCCAUGUACCCGGUGUUUACUAUCUCCAGCGGUUCUCACUCGCCCACACACUAAUGAAAUACUGUAAAACACGGAAAAUAAAGAUGAGUGCAGUAGAUAUUUAUCUACAAUCAGGGGCAGACUGGGACUAAAAAGUGGCCCUGGACUUUCUGGCCCAGAGUGGCCCACCAAACCCGGCCCGCAACACACCACACCAUAACACACAGGCUCAUUGAUUUCAUUUUCCGGCUCAAUUUCAAAUAUUUGUGUUGAAAAAAAGACAUUUCUAUUGACUGAUAGACAUGACAACGGGCCCCACCAGUGCAAAAAUUGACAAAACUUUAAAACAUAUAAAACCACUGUAAAUGUGAUGAGUGGAUUUUUUAGAGAAAGCACUAAAAUAAGCACUUUAUAGCUCAGACAAAUAAUAUGUCUGGAGACUUUUUUCCCAACAUACAGAUGUUAGGAUAAAAUGUACAUGAAAGUACAAGGGAAAGUGUGUAUUUUAGGUGCUGUGACAAGUCAACAUUUCUUCAAAGUUUUUAAAUAUCUUAAUCACCUUUCAGCUUUUUUCCAGAAGUGCAAAUAAACUAUUGUCUUAGUAAAUAUGAGGUUGUGGAAACAACAAGUAUAACAAUAAUAUAUUACAGUUGAAGUCAGAAGUUUACAUACACUUAGGUUGAAGUCAUUAAAACUAUUUUUUUAACCACUCCACAGAUUUCAUAUUAGCAAACUAUAGUUUUGGCAAGUCAUUUAGUCUACUUUGUGCAUGACACUAGUAAUUUUUCCAAAAAUUGUUUACAGACAGAUUGUUUCACUUUAACUGACUAUAUCACAAUUCCAGUGGGUCAGAAGUUUACAUAUCCCAAGUUAACUGUGCCUUUAAGCAGCUUGGAAAAUUCCAGAAAAUGAUGUCAAGCCUUUGCAAAUUAGUGUCAAUUGGAGGUGUACCUGUGGAUGUAUUUUAAGGCCUACCUUCAAACUAAGUGCCUCUUUGCUUGACAUCAUGGGAAAAUCAAAAUAAAUCAGCCAAGACCACAAAAAUUGUGGACCUUCACAAGUCUGGUUUAUCCUUGGGAGCAAUUUUCAAAUGCCUGAAGGUACCACGCUCAUCUGUACAAACAAUAGUACGCAAGUAUAAACACCAUGGGACCACACAGCCAUCAUACCGCUCAGGAAGAAGACGUAUUCUGUCUCCUAGAGAUGAACGUAGUUUGGUAUGAGAAGUGCAAAUCAAUCCCAGAACAACAGCAAAGGACCUUGUGAAGAUGCUGGAGGAAAUAGGUAGACAAGUAUCUAUAUCCACAGUAAAAUUAGUGGAUAUAUCAUCAUAACCUGAAAAGCUGCUCAGCAAGGAAGAAGCCACUGCUCAAAACCGCCAUAAAAAGCCAGACUACAGUUUGCAAGUUCACAUUGGGACAAAGAUAUUACUUUUUGGCCAUAAUAACCAUUGUUAUGUUUGGAGGAAAAAGGGUGAGGCUUGCAAGCCGAAGAACACCAUCCCAACCGUAAAGCAUGGGGGUGGCAGCAUCAUGUUGUGGGGGUGCUUUGCUGCAGGAGGAACUGGUGCACUUCACAAAAUAGAUGGCAUCACGAGGAAGGAAAAUUAUGUGGAUAUAUUGAAGCAACAUCUCAAGAAAUCAGCCAGGAAGUUAAAGCUCUGUCGCAAAUGGGUCUUCCAAAUGGACAAGGACCCCAAGCAUCCUCCAAAGUUGUGGCAAAAUGGCUUAAGGACAACAAAGUCAAGGUAUUGGAGUGGCCAUUACAAAGCCCUGACCUCAAUCCGAUAGAACAUUUGUGGGCAGAACUGAAAAAGGGUGUGUGAGCAAGGAGGCCUAAAAACCUGACUCGGAUACACCAGUUCUGUCUGGAGGAAUGGACCAAAAUUCCAGCAACUUAUUGCGAGAAGCUUGUGGAAGACUACCCAAAAUGUUUGACCCAAGUUAAACAAUUUAAAGGCAAUGCUACCAAAUACAAACAAAGUGUGUGUAAACUUCUGACCCACUGGGAAUUUGAUGAAAGAAAUAAAAGCUGAAAUAAAUAAUUCUCUCUACUAUUAUUCUGACAUUUCACAUUCUUAAAAUAAAGAAGUGAUCCUAACUGACCUAAGGCAGGGAAUGUUUUCUAUGAUUAAAUGUCAGGAAUUGUGAAAAACUGAGUUUAAAUGUAUUUGGCUAAGGUGUAUGUAAACUUCUGUCUUCAACUGUAUAUAUGUACUGUAUAUACGGUAUAGCUAUACAAGAUCAUAAAAUGUUUAAAAUAGUUAGAUGAUGUGUCACACAGCAGGACACUGAUGACAAUGCUUAAAUUUCAUGUUAAUUACUCAUAACUAUGUGUAAAUAUAAUUUUUUUUUAAAUCAGUGAAAACAAAUUUGUCCAGAAUAUGUACAUAUAUAAAUAUACAAAUAUAAAUAUAUGUAAAAAAUAAAUAA